AUGGGGUAUGGAGAAGAGUGCAGGAGUAAAACAUACCCUCCUUCAGGACCAACAUUCAAAGGGAAUGUACCCACAUAUGUCAUAAAUCUUGAUUUACCUGCCAGCAAAAGAUGGGAUGACUUGAUGCACGACAAAAAGACUGAGCUGAAGACUGUGGUCCAGAAUAUUAAAGACAUAGCAAAUACCUUCUUCCCCAGUGGCAAAGUUGUUGACAUAGUGGAUAACAAAAUAGCUCAUCUGACUGCCACACUUCCUUAUCCUUUCAAUGAAGAACUCCAAGGGAUUGCAAAUUCAUCUGGGAUUCCUUUGGGGGAAAUUGUUAUUUUUAACAUCUUUUAUGAAAUUUUCACUGUAUGUACAUCAAUAGUGGCGGAAGAUAAAACAGGGAAGCUGUACCAUGCCAGAAACUUGGAUUUUGGACUCUUUCUUGGGUGGGAUGUUAAAAAUAAUUCCUGGACUUUAACUCGGGAACUGAAGCCUUUAGUGGUAAACUUGGACUUCCAGAGAAACAACAAAACGGUAUUCAGGUCUACAAAUUUUGCAGGAUACAUAGGCAUGGUGUCUGGAGUCAAACCAGACUUGUUCACUCUGACAAUGAAUGAGCGUUUCAGUCUUGAUGGUGGUUAUGUUGGAAUCUUCGAAUGGUUUCUUGGUAGAAGAGAUGGUAUGUGGAUGGGCUUUCUUACAAGAACAGUAUUAGAGAAUGCUACAAGUUACCAGGAUGCAAAAGACAGACUGGCAAAAACAAGACUGCUGGCUCCAGCUUACUUUAUACUGGGUGGAAAAAAUUCUGGAGAAGGGUGUGUGAUAACUCGUUCCAGGACAGCUACUCUGGAUAUCUGGGACCUUGAUGUCAAGAAAGGCACGUGGUACGUGUUAGAAACAAACUACGAUCGCUGGAAGCCUCCACUAGUCUUGGAUAAUCGUAGAACACCUGCAAUGAAAUGCCUGAACCAGACAAUGCAAGAGAACAUCUCCUUACCAACAAUUUACAAUGUUCUCUCCACAAAGCCUGUCCUCAAUAAGCUGACUGUGUGCACAACGCUGAUGGAGGUGUAUAAUGGUCAUACAGAGACUUACCUGCGGGAAUGCCCAGAUCCUUGUAGUCCUUGGUAGUCCUCGGUAGUCCUCUACCUUUCCUAUGUUGGACGCUGCUUGUCUGAAUUGGAGAUCCUCCAAGAAAAAAUACUUCUGGAAAAUGAUUCCUCAGCCUAAUUCCUUUCUUCAGAAAUCUAAUGGCUAUAUACACAUGUCAAUGAGCUUCUAACAAUGGAGGACCCUAUCUCACAUUGGACUAUCUUGCUUUCUGAUCAGCAGUUCUGCUGACAAGAAAUGUGUACUAAUGUAUGUCUGGUUUGAUUUCAGCCAUUUUUACCAAAUGAGUUCAGCAUUUAGCUCUAGAUCU